UCAUGUUCAUGUAAGUUAAACCGAAACUGAAACUUUUGUUUCUCUCUACACAACAAGGACAACAAUAACUCACUUGUGAAACAGCGUCGUUUCGAUCUUGUUCUGUCUUCGGUCAAACACGCGUUUCAUCAGGGACACGCUGUCCUCACAAACAACUUCCAAUUCCCCAUAACACAUAUCUCUCUCACACGCGCUCUUCGCCGUCACGGUGGCUCUUCCUCAAUCCACCGCCACCACCGCUAUAAAACCGUCACCGGAGAAAACCAUUUAAUGGAUAAUAAUUCGGUUUUCAAUGGACAUGGAAAUUAUAACCGAACAUUCUCCUCUUAUUCUUCCGCUUCUCAGAGAGAUGUUCGUUACAGCUGUGGCGCUUGUGGUUAUGAGCUGAACCUAUCAUCGUCAAACCGGAACACCACAUCUAUCGGAUCAAAAUACGGGAAGUCCAUAAAGCGAGGUAUCAUAUCAUUUUUCAAUAUUGAUGAUAGCAGAUUUACCCAGGUUGAUGAGAUUCAGUGCGCACCACAUUUUCAUAAGCACUCAUGGGGCUUGUUCCGCCGAAGAACGAAGCUUCUUUGUCGCAAGUGUGGCAAUCAUAUAGGAAAUGCAUACAAUGGUUUCACUUCUUCUUUCCCUCUCGUGACAGACGGAGAAGAGUCAUCCCCUAGCUCCAAAGUGUCCAGUGGUGUAAAAUAUGACAUUCGUAUUCGUUCAUUGCAGCCCUCAUCUUCCGACGAAUCUGGAAUUCCUGUAUUAGCUUGAAAUACCGGGUAAUAGUUGUACUUUUUCCUUGCUACAUAGUAGUCAUUGGUGCAGGUUAGAAGUUCAUCGAUAUGUGCAGUGAUCCGGUUUGGCAAGGUUUUUGUAUUUUCCCUCAUCAAAAUGUGAAUAAUAGAUGUAUGUGAAGGUUUAAUAAUCGAGUUUAAAAAAAAUACUUAAGUGGUGACAUUCUGUCAAGUUAAUCAACUUGGCAACAUCAGAUAUUCAUUUCAUAUCAUCGUAGGGCUCAUUGAUAAACAACUUAAUUAAGUGUUUAUACGAUAAACACUUGUUGUUUAAGCGAACACAUGUGAAAUGCAUCUUAUCAAUGAGCUCACAUGCGUUCACUUAUAUAACAGGUGUUUAUCAUAUCUAAGAUCACUCAAAAACUUAUGCUUGUAGAUAAGUCUAAAUAACUGGUUGAUAAGUCAAUUUAAAUCGUAGUCUUCAUAAUAUUUUAGUGUGUGAUAUUUUCUGAAGACUUUGUC